AUGUCUAACUAUUCAAGUUUCUUUCGUUUGUUUCUUCAUUCUGGUACUAAUCGAAAAAAGUGGCAAGUAGCUGUUCUUACUUCAUCAGUUGGCCUCAGUGCUGCUGGUUUGCUAUGGUAUCAGUAUCAUCAUCGUCACUACGCUAGUUCUUACAGUCUACAUUUAAAACGUUAUUCUGCAUCUGCAGAAUAUCCUGAAUUAACCAAACAUGCAAAUUUAAUGGCACGCCAACUGACACCACAGAUGUAUGCUAAACUUCGUGAUCGUAUUACACCAUCGGGAUAUACUAUUGAUGAUGCUAUACAAGUUGGUGUCGACAAUCCCAGUGUACCUAGUCGUCAAUAUUUUGGUGUGUCUGCUGGCGAUGAAGAGUCUUACAAAAUGUUUCGUGAUCUAUUCGAUCCAUUAAUUCGAACACGAUAUGAUCAUGGACCAGAUUCACGUCAAUAUCAUGAUGUCGAUACUUCUAAACUUAAAUAUCCUUUCGAAUCCGAUAAUUCGUUUGAUAUAAAUAAAUACAUUCUAUCAUCACGUAUUCGCGCAACACGUAAUCUUUCCGGUUUUACAUUUCCAACAUUUUCAACGCGAGCUGAACGUCGCCGUGUCGAAGGAAAAUUCAAUAAAGUAUUUCAACAGUUUACUCAAACAAAUAAUGAAUUCAAUGGAAACUAUUAUCGUCUAUCGAUGAUAGAUGAAGAAAUUCAAAAACGUUUAGCCAAUGAUGGUGUUUUUUUAUAUAAACCCCAAACAAUGAGUUGGCUUAGUUCUGGUGUUGCACGAGAUUGGCCUGACGGUCGAGCUCUUUAUGUUAACAACGAUAAAAAUAUAUUUGCUUGGAUUAAUCAAAAAGAUCAUUUAAGAUUUAUUAGUUGGAGUACGAAUAACGCGAAAAAUAGCCUCCGUUCAGUUAUAACAAAUUUUUUUCAAGGAAUUUCUUUAUUAGAAAAUGCGAUGAAAGAUGAAGGUGCAUCAUUUGCACAUGAUGAUCAUUUUGGAUAUUUAACAACAUGUCCAGCUAAUAUUGGUACUGGAUUAAAAAUUAAUGUUUAUAUAAAACUACCGCUCUUGACAAAAGAUUUUCGUUUACCAACAAUUAUUAAAGAUCUUAAAGUAACAAUGGAGGAAAUUAUGGAUCCUGAUGCAGAAGGAUUUAAAGAUUGUAUUGAUAUAUCAAAUCGUGAUCGAAUAGGAAAAACUGAAAUUGAAAUUAUUCAGCAUGUUCUUGAUGGUGUAGCAAAAUUAAUUGAAAUCGAACGUAAAUUAGAAGCUGGCGGUAAAAUCGAUGAGUAUCUACGACGCUAGAAAAUUUUGUUUUUUUCCGUAUUGUUUCUUUACUAAUUUACAUUGAUGAAAUAAAGAUCGAUUGUUGAAAAUAAAUACUAAUCUAAAUAUAUUGAGUACUUCGUAUCAGACGAAAUAUGAGAUUCACUAGAGAAUUGUUGUUGAAAAGUUUGUCAAAAUCAUGAUAUCAAUAUUUGAAGCAUUAAGCUCGAUUGAAAGGUAAAAGAGUUCAGUAAAUUCUUCUAGUUCAUUAAUACUUUUUUUUCUAGAUGAUAUUAACUACUUAAUGAAUAUGAACUUUACUCUUAUAAUCAAACAUAGACGCUGCACGAAAGUCAACGAAAAAUGUGGUCACCGUUGAAAAAUGAUUUCAGUGAGGAACACGACCAUAUUUUGUCAGCACUUAAGAGACGUUGAAGAAGUAAUUUUGCCAUAGUCACGUUCAAUAGUAUUAUGUUUUUAAAAUUAUCACGAAGGGAAUAUUGAAACUAGAUAAAAUACAAGACAUCAAAAUAUGUACAUGCAUGACAUGAUUGCUUCAGUUUUUAUUAAAUUUACAAUAACAUUUGAAUAGAUUUACUUUGAUACUGAUUAGAAAAUUAUUCUUGUCUGAAUGUAAUACGAUGGAUUAUGAUUGGCAUUGAUCUGCUAUAGAAUGAUCGAUAAUUCACAAUCCACAUGAUUUACUUAGUGAAACUGAUGCGUAUCAAAAUGCAGUAACACAACACAAUAUAUCGUAUAAAGAAUGAGUUUGUCACUGAUUAAGUUCUUUCUUUCAGUUUAUAGCGAUUACUUAUAAUCGUUUUUAGAAGAAAGCCCGCAACGGAACUUAAUACUGGGAUGAUAAACUAUGCAACCGCCCGACUAACGUAAAAGUAUAGAGGCAAGAGCUGAGUGACCAGUAAAGAACAAUUCAUGUUUGAUAUUUGAACAAAAAUACUACUGUUUACUUAUUUUCAUAUUCAAAAAAUAAUUUCCAACAUCUGAAUGAAAUAGCUAAGGAUUGAGCAUCAACGCUAUGAAACCUUUGUACAAGAUAGACAUUGAAAAGCAUAAUUUUAUGCAUCGUGUAAAAAUUUUAAAAUUAGCAUACAGUAAAAAAUUUGAGUUUUUCCGUCGCUUCAUCAAACUUUAUAUUGGCAUCAAAAUUACGGCAAGUCACAUAUCCUUUCUUUAAGAUAGAGUGUUUAUGCUUAGUCAAAUAAAUAAAAAGUCAUUUUUAUUUAGAAUGUUAUGUAAAUUGAUGAGUUACAAAACAGAAUGAUCUGAUUACAUGCAUCUAAGCACGAAUAACAAUCACCUUGACUAAUAAUGAUCCUUCAUACGUAAAAAGAAUUUUUUAUUUUCAAACCAAACUACAAAAUAUAAUAAUCAUAAAUCGAAAUCUAUGAAUAUGAUGAAGACUAAUUUCUUAUUUUAUGGAAAAGUUUAGGGAAAGAUAUUAAAUCUGUUCUGUAAUUUCUAUUUCUAAUUUAAAUUACUUUCGAUAUUAGUUUGUAUGAGUUUAAAGCGGUUCAUUCUUCACUUUCCAAGCGUUCUUUUUUCCUAUCAGUAUUUCUAGAAGAAUAUGCUUCGACCAGUUUCUUGCACCAUAUGAAUAUACAUUUCUAUUGACGUUAACAAUUUUCAAAUCUUGAAUGCACUACUCAAGAUUUAGAAAUUGAAAAUCUCAAAAGGUAAAACAAAGAAAUACAAUCGUCAGCUAACGACAUCUAGAAGAGAUUAAACACACCUUGAGUCAAUAGUACAUUUGAUUAAUCCUUUCGCCCUACUUGCUUUUGCAUGGGAUCAGUGUUUCUAACAGCAAGUGUACACAGCAAAAGCAAAAUGUCUGGAACACCUGCUGUUUCCGAAAUACACUCUGAUUUACGCGUUGCUCAGAAAACAAAAAUGUAAGGCGUACACUUUGGAAAAGAAAAUAGCACUUUGAUGUUAAAUCACGAAAACUCAUUUCGCUAAAUCUUUGUCUGUUUGGACGGAAUUAAAUUACUGCCGUCGUCAUCAUCACUUCCCAGGUCGUGGAGGUACGACGAGAAACGGCCGGAAAGCGC